AGUGUAUGGUAGUGAAUGACAACUGGUGACAACCUGUUGGCAUAUGACAACAUAGCUAUAAUAAUCUAAGUUUAAUGUGAUUAUAUUCAAUACGAUAUCAUCAGUUUAUCAACUCUUGCAAUGAUGUUUUACCAAUGCACUUUGUGACGAUGCCAAGUUGGCGUAAAGUUAUAUAAAUUAAGUAUGAUUCUGAACGUGAGUAAUGGUGUUUAUUUGGAAGAGAAAGUGUCCUGUGAAAUCAGAGAGUGGCCUUCAAUGAUGUGGAAGAAGUGUAUUGUGCAAGCAGCAGCGGCUGUCCGUAGAGCUUGCAGCGCUUGCGUACUGCGGGCCGCAGGAGUCGCGCUGCUCGUCCUCAUCGCCGCUGGCGCGCUGGCCGGCGCCGCGGCCGCCGACCUGGUGAUCGAGAUCCCGGCGUCGGGCGCGGGUGUGGGCGGCGAGGCGGCAGGAGCGCGCUACCGGCUCGACUACACGCCGCCGCAGGGCUCGCCCGAGCCCAACUUCACGGUGCCGGCGCAGGCGUCCACCAUCAACUUCCGCGGCCUGCCUGGCACCAAGUACCACUUCAUGCUCUACUACUCUAAUGCCACCUUCGCGGACUUGCUGACAUGGAACCAGACCAUCAUCACCGCCCCGGAGCCGCCCACCAACCUGACGGUGACGCAGGGCCGCAACAAGAAGACCAUCAUAACGUGGUCGCCGCCCGCGCACGGGGACUACACCGGAUUCCGCUUCAAGGUGAUACCGCUGACGGAGGCGCGCGAGGGCGCCCGCAACAUCACCGUGGAGGGCGGCAACGGGAGCUAUGCGGUGCGCGACCUCGCGCCCGGCGCCACCUACCAGCUGCACGCCUUCACCCUGCUGCACGACAAGGAGAGCGCCGCCUACGCCUCGCGCAACUUCACCGUCCGGCCCAACACGCCGGGCAAGUUCAUCGUGUGGUUCCGCAACGAGACCACGUUGCUGGUGCUGUGGCAGCCGCCCUACCCGCCCGGCGCCUACACCCACUAUAAGGUGUCGAUCGAGCCGCGCGACGCCCGCGACUCGGAGUUGUACGUGGAGAAGGAGGGCGAGCCGCCGGGGCCCGCGCAGGCCGCUUUCAAGGGGUUGGUGCCGGGGCGCGCGUACAACAUCUCCGUGCAGACGGUGUCGGAGCCCGAGGUGUCGGCGCCCACCACGGCGCAGUACCGCACCGUGCCGCUGCGCCCGCGCAACGUCACCGUGGACGCGCGCGACCUGCGCGAGACCUCCUUCCGCGUCUCGUGGCUGCCGCCCGCCGACCACAGUGAGUUCGAGAAGUACCAGGUGUCGGUGGCGCUGGCGGAGAGCGCGGGCNNGGGCGGGCGCCGCAUCGCGCCGGUGGUGCGCGCGCGCGACGAUCCCACGACGGCGACGUUCGAGGGCCUGGAGCCGGGCGGGCACUACACCGUCACGGUGAAGACCAUGUCGGGCAAGGUGACCUCGUGGCCCGCCGCCGCGGACUUCACGCUCAAGCCGCUGGCAGUGCGCGGGCUGGAGUGGCGCAACGCGGCCGCCGGCGAGGGCCUGCUGCUGUGGUGGCAGCCCGCCGAGGGCAGCACGCAGGAUGAGUACAAGGUGUCCUACCACGAGACGGGCCCCUCGCACGACGACAGCAGCACGCUCACCACGGCCGCCACCAACGUGACGCUGGAGGGACUGCUGCCCGGGCGCAACUACACCAUCUCGGUGAGCGCGGUGUCGCGCGGCGCAGAGUCCAACGAGACGGUGCGGUGGGCGGCGCGACGGCCGCUGGCGCCGGCGCUGCAGACGGCGGCGGCGGAGCGGGGCGCGCUGCGGCUGGCGUGGCGCGCCGACGUCACCUCGCGCCAGCAGGCCUACCAGCUGCGGUACCGCCGCCGCGCCGCAGACGAGCCCUUCCGCACGUUGGAGACGCGCGAUACGAACGCGACACUGCAGGAGCUGGUGCCCGGCGCCGUGUAUGAGAUCCGGCUGGCGGCGCUCAGCCACGGCCUGCUCAGCGAGUGGAACAGCGUGCUGGAGCCCGUGCGUCCCCUGCCGGCGGAGUGGGUCGAGGUGAAGCGCGCCACCUCCAACUCGGUGUCGGUGCGGUGGCGCGGCCCGCCCGCCGGCGCCGUCGGCUCCUUCGCGCUGCGCUACCGCACGCAGGAGCCGCCGCACGCCGCCUGGACCCCGCUGCCGCCCUUCCCGCCCUCGCAAAACUACGCGGAGAUCACGAACAUGACCCACGGCGAGCGCUACACCAUCGAGCUGGAUACGGAGAGCGAGGCGGCCGAGCACAAGGCCGUGCCCAGCGGCCGCCCGCUCAGCGCCGAGCACACCGUCCGGCCCAAUCCCGUGUCCAACGUGGAGCAGCUGGCUGACACGCUCAACAUGACGCUGGAAUGGCCGCGCCCCGCCGGUCGCGUCGAGUGGUACGAGCUGCGCUGGUGGCCCGGCGGCGACGAGGGCGAGGGCGCGGGCGAGGGCGAGGGCGGCGACGAGGGCGAGGGCGCGGGCGAGGGCGCGGGCGUGGGCGCGGGCGCUCGCAACAUCAGCGCGGGGUCGGAGCGGCGGGUGCGCGCGGCGCUGUGGGGGCUGCGGCCGGGGCGGGGCUACAACGUGUCCAUCGCGGCGCACUCCUACAACCUCACCAGCGAGCUGUUCACGAUGCACGCGCGCACGCGGCCCGUCAUCCAGUCGGAGAUGAUCGUGAACGAGUCCAGCCGGCCGGAGGCAGACGACAACGAGACCGUGUCCGCGGACCUGCGCGUCGUGUACACGCGCACGCCGGCCGCCGCCUCGCGCUUCGACCUGUACCGCUUCCGGCUGGAGGGCGCGGGCGAGGCGCCGCGCACCGCCGAGCGCGCCGCCCACGCGCCCGCCGCCGACUCCCACCCCGUCGACUUCCGCGGCCUCGUGCCCGGCCGCCUGUACAACCUCACCAUGUGGACCGUCAGCCGCAACGUCACCUCGCACCCCGUGCAGCGCCAGGCGCGCCUCUACCCGCGCCCGGUGUCGGAGCUGCGCGCGACGGAGGUGGGCGCGCGGCACGUGGCGCUGGCGUGGGCGCGCCCGCCCGGCGACUUCACCGACUUCGAGGUGCAGUACCUGGCGGCGCCCGACCAGCUGCAGGCGGUGCGCACGGAGCGCCUGCGCCUCAACCUCACCGCGCUGCAGCCGCACACCGACUACACCUUCACCGUCGAGGUGCUGUCGGGCACCCCGGCCACCAUCCUGACCAGGUCGCGGGCGCGCUCGCUGGCGGUGCGCACGCGUGAGGCCCCGCCGGCCGCGCCCAGCGCCUUCGCGCCCAGCGACGCGCGCCCAAACGAGCUCACCUUCUCCUGGCGCCUACCGCCCGCCGAGCGCCACGGCGUGCUGCGCCGCUUCGCCCUCGCCUACUGGCCGCGCGACCGUCCCGACCAUCUGCGCACGCUGCACUUCCCGCCCGACGCGAGCGGCGGCAGCGUGGCUGGCCUGGUGCCGGGCGUGACGUACGAGUUCGAGCUGCGCGGGGAGUCGGGCGCGGGGGCGGGCGCCGCCGCGCGCUGGAGCCAGCACAUGGCCAUCGCCGCGCCGCCGCGCCCCCGGCACGAUGCUCUGCCCGCCCCCGUCGCCCGCACCAGCUCCACGGUGGCGGUGCGGUUCCGCGCGGACUACUUCUCUGCGGCCAACGGGAACGUGACCGCGUACACGCUGGUGGUGGGGGAGGAGCCGCGCAACGACACGCCCGCGCGCCUGCCCUCCUGGCGCGACGUGCACCGCCUGCCGCUCUGGCCGCCCUACCAGGUGACGGAGCCCUACUACCCGUUCCACGCGUCCGCCGUGGAGGAGUUCACGAUAGGGUCCGAGCGCUGCGAGGGCGGCGGCCGCGCCUACUGCAACGGCCCGCUCAAGCCCAACGCGCGCUACUACGUCAAGCUGCGCGCCUUCACCGCGCCCGACAAGUUCACCGACACCGCCUACACGCAGGUCUUCACAGAGGCGGACAACACGGCGUGGAUCGCCGGCGGCGCGGGCGCGGUGCUGGCGGCGGUGUGCGGCGCGGCGGGCGCGCUGCUGCUGCGCCGGCGUCGUGCGCGUCGGGCCGCGCCCGCACACUGCCCGCCCGCACCCGUCGCCUCGCGCCCCGUGCGCGUCUCCGACUUCAUCGACCACUAUCGCCUCAUGUCCGCCGACUCCGACUUCAGGUUCAGCGAGGAGUUCGAGGAGCUAAAGCACGUGGGGCGCGAGCAGCCGUGCACGGCGGCCGACCUGCCCUGCAACCGCCCCAAGAACCGCUUCACCAACAUCCUGCCGUACGACCACUCGCGCUACAAGCUGCAGCCCGUCGACGACGAGGAGGGCUCCGACUACAUCAACGCCAACUACGUGCCCGGACACAACUCGCCGCGCGAGUUCAUCGUGACGCAGGGGCCGCUGCACUGCACGCGUGACGAUUUCUGGCGCAUGUGCUGGGAGUCCGGCUCGCGCGCCAUCGUGAUGCUGACGCGGUGCGUGGAGAAGGGCCGCGAGAAGUGCGACCGCUACUGGCCCUACGACACGCGCCCCGUCUACUACGGGGACAUCGCCGUCACCGCGCUCAACGAGAGCCGCUACGCCGACUGGACCGUCACCGAGCUGGCGGUGUGCCGCGGCGCCGAGCAGCGCGUCCUCAAGCACUUCCACUUCACCACCUGGCCCGAUUUCGGCGUGCCCGAUCCGCCCACCGCGCUCGCCAGGUACCUCGCCCUCUAACGAUACACUUGCUGUGCAGCUGGCGGCGCACGCGGAGUACCUGGACAUCUUCGGCAUGGUGCACAGCAUGCGGCGCGAGCGCGUGUGGAUGGUGCAGACGGAGCAGCAGUACAUCUGCAUCCACCAGUGCGGGACAUCUUCGGCAUGGUGCACAGCAUGCGGCGCGAGCGCGUGUGGAUGGUGCAGACGGAGCAGCAGUACAUCUGCAUCCACCAGUGCGUCGUGGCGGCGCUCGAGGGCCGCGACCUGGCGCCGCCGCCCGCCCACAGCCACCACCACAACCCGGCCUUCGAAGACGACGAGGGCAUCGCGGAGUCUGGCAUGUGAGCGCGCGCCGUGCCCGCCGUGCCCGUCGCGUCCGC